GCGUUUUUCAGGCGAUGCUAUCAGAGUGACGUAUAAUGUAGUGGACGGGACGCUUCUUCAACAACAUCUCGUCAGCCACCUCGGUAGCUUCCUAGCGGAAACGUUCAAGCUGUUCAGACUGCUUCGGUCUAUAUUUACUUCUGUUUUUGGAACAUAAUUCUGUCUUUUAACUAGUUUCCCCAUUUCAUGUCAUAUAUCCGUUUAGUCAGGUAACGGUAGCUGGCUUGAUAAAUGAGCCUAUCACUAGGCUAGUCGCUAACUAGCUAGGUUAGCUGGCUAACAUCCCCGACCAUGAGCUCAGCAAGCUGCUGCCCUCCUGCUAAAAAAGAGGUCUGCUGGAAGGAGAAAGAAGGUAUUUGGCUGAACGUUGUCGUGAAAGAGGAGAAUGAAGAGGAGUAUGUCACAGUAAACGAAGAAGUAGAGGGUGAGGCUGUUACACAGAAAGAAGAGGAAGAAAACGAUUAUACUUUUUUUGGAGUGAAUGAAGGAGAGAUAACUGUCAUAUUGAAGGAGGAGGAGAGGGAAGAAGAGGAGGAGACAGAAGAUCUGAGUAACACCAGAGAGAGACCAGACUCUCCUUCUGACAGCAGGAAGAGUCCUUCAGGGAAACCAGACCCCGAGACGUCCAAACCAGCAGGACGACAUCACUGCUCCCAGUGUGGAAAGAGUUUUACUCAGUUAGGGAGCCUGAGAACACAUAAGAGAAUACACACUGGAGAGAAGCCUUACCACUGUUCCCAAUGUGGAAUGUCGUUUACCCAGUUAGGGAGCCUGCAAACGCAUGAGAGGGGACACACAGGGGAAAAGCUUUUCCAAUGUUCCCAUUGUGGAAAGAGUUUUGGCCAGGUAGGAAACCUGAACAAGCAUGAGAGGACACACACAGGUAAGAAGAUGUACCGCUGCUCCCAUUGUGGAGAGAGAUUUACCCGGUUAAGGUACCUGAAAGAGCAUGAAGGAAUACAUACAAAUACACAGGAGGAGAAGACAUACCACUGCUCUCAUUGUGGAAAGACCUUUUCCCAGUCAGAGAACCUGAAAACACACGAGAGAAUCGAGAGGCUGUGUUCUGACUUGUGUUUUUGACUGAGAAUGUGUGUGUUUGUUUGGGCUGUCAGACUUGAGUUCACUUUGUGUAAUGUUAGUGCACUAUUUUUAAUUGUGAUUAAUCCAUUGUCUGAAAGGGUUAAAAACACACUGAAAACAUCCAGAAUACAUCCUAUAUACAGCUACAAUCUACAAUGCCAUGUAAACACAAGAUGACAUUGAGGUUAAAUAAAGUGUGAUUUAUCAAUGGAACAUA